ACGGUUAGGUGCCUCCUUUUCCAAAAAAUAUGUACCACUGGGAUUACUGAUCACCGUUGCCGUCUUUUUUCACACGGCCUGAAUGCCAUGUCUAGUACAAGUUUGCCAAAAGUGGACACAAACAGUCCAAACAUUCUCAAGGAUUUGCGAAAUUUUCGUUUCCAAAAAAAGGCAAUAAAGAAAAUGUUCACAUCCGAUGAAGAUAGUAAUUUAGCUGCGCCAGAAGUACGACGAAAGACUGUUAAUCGUAUUGAAGAUAGUGAGAGCGAUGAAGAAAGAUUAACCAAGAACUCGGUCUCUCAUUUGGAACAAAAAUCAGAAUUAAAGCGUAAAGAGCAACUUAAAUACCUGAUUAAUUUAUACCCACAUUAUGGAAACAUAUAUCUGAAAAAUAUAUUACAUAAAGUUAAUUGGGAUUUAGAAAUAGCCAAAAAAGAAAUUAAUAAAAUUCGCAAAAGAUCUUGUAUGAAAACUAGCAAAUCUAAAAAGCAUAAACGUAAAAAAUAUAAAGAUCAAGGUGAUGAUGUCAAUUCAAACGAAGAAGGACAUUUUAGUGAGGAUAAAGUAUUUGAUAGUGAUGAAAGUGAUAUAGAAAUAUCAAAUACUUUAACACAUAAUAAAAAAGCAGUAUUUAACUUUAUGCAAAAUGCAUUACCAACAGAAUUAUUGUUAAUGAAUCAAUGUUCACAAAAAAAAGUUAAUGCAAUAAUUGAAGCUCGACCUUUUAAUGGUUGGAAAGAUUUAGUUGAAAAAUUUCAGAGUAUAAAAUUUUUGGAUACAGAACUUUUGAAUGCAGCUCAGGAUUUAAUCCAAACAAGAAAUGUAGUUGGUCAUCUUAUGAAAAAAUGUCUUCAUUUAUCAAUAAAUAUGGAAAAAGCAAUUUCUGCUGGUUCAUCAACCAUAAAAGAGCAACCAAAAGGUUUGAAUGCAAACUUAACAUUAGCACCAUAUCAGAUGGUUGGAUUAAAUUGGUUUGCUGUAUUGCAUACACAAAAUGUUAAUGGUAUAUUAGCUGAUGAAAUGGGACUAGGAAAAACUGUACAGAUUAUUGCCUUUCUCACUUAUCUUGAUGAAAGUGGUUUAAUCAAUGAAACAGAUGGUCCACACUUAAUUAUUGUACCUAGUUCAACUAUAGAAAAUUGGAGCAAUGAAUUUAACCAUUGGUCUCCCAAUCUUAAAGUGGUUAAAUAUUAUGGAUCUCAGGAAGAACGCAGACAAAUGAGAUUUGGAUGGCGCAGUGGUGAUUUAGACAAUAUUGAUAUCAUUUUAACUACAUAUAAUCUUAUUAGUGCUACACCAGAAGAACGUCGUUUAUUUCGUGUUUUACCUUUAAAAUAUGUUAUUUUUGAUGAAGCACAUAUGUUAAAAAAUAUGAGUACAUUAAGAUAUGAAAAUUUAAUUAAAAUAAAUUCUCAACAUCGUAUUCUUUUAACUGGUACACCACUACAAAAUAAUUUAUUAGAGUUAAUAUCCUUACUCAUUUUUGUAAUGCCAUCAAUGUUUGCUGGAAAACAAGAUGAUUUAAAGAGUCUGUUUUCUAAAAAUCCUAAAAUAAAUGCAAAUAAAUCUAUUGAAGAUAAACCACUGUUUGAAGAAGAACAGGUUAAAAAUGCUAAACAAAUAAUGAAACCAUUUGUUUUACGUCGUCUAAAAGUAGAUGUUUUAAAAGAUUUACCACGAAAAACUACAGAGGUUAUAGUUUGCCCAAUGAUUAAAGAGCAAAAAGAUAUGUAUACUAGGUUAGUUGCAAAAUUUUCCGCUGAAGCAGAUGAAAACGAUGAAGUUAAUGGUAUUGGCAUGAUGAUGCAAUUACGUAAACUCGCAAAUCAUCCACUUCUUCUUCAAAAUUACUAUAGAGAAGAUAAAUUAAGGAAUAUUUCUAAAAGACUAAUUAGUGAAUCUUCUUGGAAACAAAAGGAUGCUCAAUACACAUUUGAAGAAUUAAUAUGGAUGUCUGAUUAUAAAAUUAAUCAACUGUCAAGAACGUUCAAAAGUAUAGCUGGAUUUGGUUUACCUCAAAGUUUAAUAUCUGAGUCUGGAAAAUUAAAAAAACUAGAUAAACUAUUACCUGAGUUAAAAAAUGAAGGACACAGAGUAUUAAUAUUUAGUCAAUUUACAAUUGUUUUAGAUAUUUUAGAAGAGUAUUUAACAAUUAAUAAUUAUAGGUAUCUUCGAUUGGAUGGCCAAACUCCAGUUAUAGAGAGACAAGACUUAAUAGAUGAAUUUAUUGAAGACACUGAUAUAUUUAUUUUUCUACUUUCUACAAGAGCUGGUGGAUUAGGUAUUAAUUUAACUUGUGCUGAUACAGUUAUUAUUCAUGAUAUCGAUUUUAAUCCGUAUAAUGAUAAACAAGCAGAAGAUCGUUGUCAUAGAAUUGGACAAAGAAAACCUGUUAGAAUAAUUCGAUUACUAUGCCAAGAUUCUAUAGAAGAGGGAAUGUAUAAAAUAGCUCAAGAUAAACUGAAAUUAGAGCAGAAACUUACUGGAAAUGAAGAAAAUGAAAGUACAGAAAAGAAGGGCAUUUUAAAAUUAUUGAAAAUGAUAUUAGGAAUCGAUCAUAAUAAGACAAUAGCUUUAUCACAUAAUAAAAAUGGAAUAAAUGGAUAUAUAGAUAAUAAUUAAAAUUAUGUAGUA